GCCCCUUUUAAGGCGCCACUGCCCCAGUGGCCACGUGUUCCACCAAUUGACCGGCCAGCUGCCACCCACACCCGCUGUACCUCUCGCCAUGCAGAAGGUCCUUGUCCUUGUGCUCGUCGCCCUUGCCAUGGCCUAUGCUGCUCCUGACCCCCGAGGACUCUUUUUCAACCUGGACGACGGCGAGCUCUGCCUGAACAGUGGCCAGUGCAAGAGCCAGUGCUGCCAGCAAGACACCCUCCUGGCCCUGGCCCGCUGCACCCGCAAGGCCAGUGAGAACAGCAGCUGCUCCCCCGAGACCAUCUAUGGAGUUUACUAUGUGUGUCCCUGUGAACGGGGCUUGACCUGUGACGGGGACAAGACCAUCAUUGGCUCCAUCACCAACACCAACUAUGGCAUCUGCCAGGACCCCAAGGAUAAGAAAUGAGGCCACCACCCUGCCAGCCCCAGCCCCGGCCAGCUCCCCUCCUCACACCCUCCCCGACUGGCCGCCACCUUGGCCAGCACCUGUGUCACCUAGCUGGGCUCUCCACUAUUAAAGUCACCUGCAACUCCCA